GCGACAGUUGUUGAUAUGGGUUUGCACUAUAUGAAUAAAACUGAAUUUAAUCACUUUAGCGUAAGUCGUCACCUCGUGGCGACUUCGUAAAAACAGAGGAUCAUUUGUCGGUUGUUUGUAUCGAUUAAUAAAUAAAACAAAGCGCACAUGUGGCCGCUGGCUCCGCCUCCGCCACGUGACAAUGAGCUGGCUGAGUCAGCCGGCUCGUCAUGCAGCGUCAGUCUGGAGUCGCACAAUUAUGAAAAAGCAACCUUCCGUUGGAGCUGCACCCGAAGCGGAUCUCUCCAACGUCUACCGGGCUUUCCUUCCAAGGCUAACUGAGAGUACCGCUGAUAGAUGGAUAAAAGCCACGACAGAGCUCUUCCUGAGUCUCAACGGUGAAGAGAAUGUCCCAGAAAUCCUGGAUAGAAAGCACUUUCACCAAGAGGGAAUGUGUGUACAUACUUCCAGUGUCAAAGGACCCCCACAGAUGCCUUCCAGGAUGCCAGAUUUGCCAGCAGCUGGUCAGGUGCUGCUGUGGGCGGCUGGUGCGGCAACAUGCUGGCUUCACAGCCAGUUUGGCCACCAAGUACUCGGAUGUGAAGUUGGGUGAAAGCUCCAAUGUGCCUAUGCCGGAGCUGGAGGAGUGGUCAGUGGAAAAACACACAGAGGCCAGACCCACUGAUGCCUAUGGUGUCAUCAACUUCCAGGGAGGGUCUCACUCAUACAGAGCCAAGUAUGUACGUUUGUCCCAUGACUCGAGGCCAGACAGCAUUUUACGGCUGAUGCUAAAGGAGUGGCACAUGGAGCUUCCCAAGAUCCUCAUUUCUGUCCAUGGAGGAGUUCAGAACUUUGAUCUGCACCCCCGCAUUAAGCAGGUGGUCGGCAAGGGCCUCAUCAAAGCUGCUGUCACCACCGGGGCCUGGAUUCUCACCGGUGGUGUUAACACAGGUGUAGCAAAACAUGUGGGAGAUGCUCUCAAAGAACACUGUUCAAGAUCAUCAAAGAAAAUUUGCACUAUCGGGAUUGCACCCUGGGGAGUGAUUGAAAACAGGAACGAUCUCAUCGGCAGAGACAUUAUUGCUCCGUAUCAGACACUACUGAAUCCUCUCAGCAAACUAAACGUUCUCAACAGCCUGCAUUCACAUUUCCUCCUUGUGGAUGAUGGGACAGUGGGAAAGUAUGGCGCUGAAGUCAAAUUGCGGCGGGAACUGGAGAAGCAUAUCAACCUCCAGAAAAUACAUGCCAGAAUUGGUCAAGGGGUUCCUGUCGUAGCCUUGAUCUUUGAGGGUGGUCCCAAUGUGAUCCUGACUGUGCUGGAGUACCUUCAGGAGAGUCCUCCUGUCCCAGUGGUGGUGUGUGAGGGGACCGGCCGAGCUGCUGACAUAUUGGCCUACGUCCACAAGCAAACUGAGGAGGGAGGCGGUCUCCCUGAUGGAGUGGAAACAGACAUUAUUGCAACCAUCAAGAAAACCUUCAACUUCAGCCAAGGUGAAGCAAUCCAUCUCUUUCAGACUCUGAUGGAGUGCAUGAAGAGCAAAGAACUGAUCACAGUGUUUCACAUCAGUUCUGAGGAACAUCAAGAUAUUGAUGUAGCCAUUCUAAGGGCCUUACUACAAGGCACAAACGCAUCUGCCUUCGAUCAGCUGGUCCUGACUUUGGCCUGGGACCGUGUAGACAUUGCCAAGAAUCAUGUGUUUGUGUACGGACAGCAGCUCCUGGUGAGCUCUUUGGAACAAGCAAUGUUGGAUGCACUUGUAAUGGACAGGGUGGACUUUGUUAAGCUGCUCAUAGAGAAUGGAGUGAGCAUGCACCGUUUCCUGACAAUCAGUCGGCUCGAGGAGCUCUACAACACGAAGCAACCUCCCAACAACCCAACUCUUCUUCACCUUGUUAGAGAUGUCAAACAGAGCCAUCUGCCUCCAAACUAUAAAAUCUCUUUGAUUGACGUUGGCCUGGUUAUUGAGUACCUGAUGGGCGGGACUUACAGGUGCAACUACACCAGGAAACGCUUUCGAAUCAUUUACAACAAUCUUCAUGGAAAUAGUAGGAGGUCUGGGCGAAAUACAGCAGGUCCUGGUUUGAGAAAAAGUCAUGAGUCUUUUAGCAUGCAGGCUGACAAGAAGGAGAAGACAAGGCACAACCACUUUAUCAAGACUGCGCAACCGUACAAACCCAAGCUCGAGUCUUCCACCGAGCAGAACCAAAAGAGAAGCAAAGAAGAGAUUGUGGACAUUGACGACCCAGAGACGCGGCGUUUCCCCUACCCUUUUAAUGAGCUCUUGGUCUGGGCUGUGCUGAUGAAAAGGCAGAAAAUGUCACUCUUCCUCUGGCAGCAUGGAGAAGAAAACAUGGCAAAGGCACUGGUGGCCUGCAAACUCUGCCGGUCUAUGAGCUAUGAGGCCAAGAAGAGCGAUGUAGUGGAUGACACCUCAGAGGAGCUGAAGGAGUACUCAAAUGAGUUUGGGACGUUGGCAGUAGACCUGCUGGAGCAGUCAUUCAGGCAGGAUGAGACUAUGGCCAUGAAGCUUCUGACUUAUCAGCUAAAGAACUGGAGCAACUCCACCUGUUUGAAGUUGGCUGUCUCGUCUCACCUACGACCAUUUGUGGCUCAUACCUGCACCCAGAUGCUGCUGUCAGACAUGUGGAUGGGACGACUGAAUAUGCGCAAGAACUCCUGGUACAAGGUGAUUCUGAGUAUCUUGGUGCCUCCUGCCAUCCUCCUGCUGGAGUACAAAUCCAAGGCUGAGAUGGCUCACAUUCCUCAGAGUCAGGAUGACCACCAGAUGACCAUGGAGGACAGCGAACACAACUUCCAGAACAUAGCUGAAGACAUUCAAAUGGAUGUGUUUAAGGAGACAAGAUCCCAUGACCACGUGGAGGCAAAAAGUGACAUGGAGACGCAUGUUCGUUCCAGGAAGCUGCCUUUAACCAGGAAAAUCUAUGCCUUCUAUCAUGCUCCUAUUGUCAAGUUCUGGUCCAAUACGCUCUUCUACUUGGGCUACUUGAUGUUGUACACAUAUGUGGUGCUGGUGAAAAUGCCUCCAUGGCCUUCUCCUCAAGAGUGGCUGGUCAUCCUCUACAUCUUUACGUCUGCCAUUGAGAAAAUCAGAGAGAUGUUUAUGUCUGAGGCUGGCAAAAUAAGUCAGAAAAUAAAGGUGUGGUUCAACGACUAUUUCAACGUGUCCGACUUCCUGGCCAUUGUGACCUUCUUUAUUGGUUUUGGCCUGAGGUUGGGCGGAGGCGAUGCCUUCGUCCCUGGGAGGACGGUUUAUUGUCUUAACAUCAUCUUCUGGUAUGUGCGACUCCUGGAUAUCCUGACUGUUAAUCAACAAGCUGGGCCCUACGUUAUGAUGAUUGCCAAAAUGGUGGCCAACAUGUUCUAUAUUGUGGUAAUAAUGGCGAUAGUCCUGUUGAGCUAUGGAGUACCUAGGAAAGCUAUUCUGUAUCCGGAAGAGGAGCCAAGCUGGACGCUGGCCAAAGACGUGGUUUUUCAGCCGUACUGGAUGAUGUAUGGGGAAGUAUAUGCCUAUGAAAUCGAUGGUAAGGACGAUGAGCUUGGUAGGGGAGAUUACGAGGUUUGUGCCAACAACAGUGAUCAAUCGGUGAAGUCGCUGUGCACAGCAGGAGUGUGGCUGACGCCUUUCCUACAAGCAGUCUACCUCUUUGUGCAGUACAUAUUGAUGGUCAACCUCCUAAUCGCCUUUUUCAACAAUGUCUAUAUGCAAGUGAAGUCCAUUUCUAAUCUGGUGUGGAAGUACCAGCGUUACCACUUCAUUAUGGCCUACCAUGAGAAGCCUGUCCUCCCACCUCCCUUCAUCCUACUGUGCCAUAUAUACUCCCUCUUCUGUAUGUGUAGAAAAAGGAAGAAGGAGAAUAUCUACGGACCAAAGCUGUUUCUCACAGAGGAAGACCAAAAGAAGCUUCAUGAUUUUGAAGAGCAGUGUGUGGAGACGUACUUUCAUGAGAAGGAUGAUCAGUUUCACUCGGGAAGUGAGGAACGCAUACGCCUUACUUCAGAAAGGGUUGAGAUCAUGUGCUUGCAGCUGAAGGAGGUUGGAAACAAGGUGAACUUUAUAAAGCGCUCAUUGCACACAUUGGACUCUCAGAUUGGCCACCUGCAGGACCUCUCAGCCCUGACCGUGGACACUCUGAAGACACUCACAGUUCAGAGGGCAUCAGAAGCCAGCAAGGUCCACAAUCAGAUCACUCGGGAGCUCAGUCUGUCUAAGAAUGUGGUCCCGAGCAUUGCCCCCAUGUCGACAGACACUGGCUCCCUCUCCAAAUCAUCUGUGAAAGGAAAAAGCAGUGUCAGCGCCUACUUUGGCUCCUCUUUUCCCCAGACAGGAGCUACCAUUGCGGAUGCUCUGUUUGGGAUGGGCGCAGAACGAAGGGCUGGGACAGAAAGCCGACGGAGAAUCGGGCCCAGUCCUGCAUCAGAAUUGGGGCCGGACCCCACCCUGAGUCCAGCAUUGAGUCCAGAGAGUAGGGGCUUGUUCAGGCUUGGACACCUUGCUGCAGAGGUUGGCUCGUCAAGCAGUGCUGACUGCAGGGCCUUUGAGCAAAGUGUUGUGCCCGUUUCCCCUUCAGAGCUGCGUCAACGAGGAUACUCGCUCACUCAGACUAAGCAGACCCGUCCACAAGAGCCGGGCCCUUCCGACUCACCAUCCAGCCUGCCUAAUGUGCCCUCUCCUGGGGUUCAGUUCCACAUCAGCAGCACCCCCUCCCAGCCCAGUGGCUCCAGCCACCCUGAACUAGCCCUGUCUGGGCUUUACCAGCACCCCCUACAGUCAGACAGCAAGUCUGUAGAGUUUGGGGCAUUUGUGGGACAUAAAGACAGUGAGGAACUCCAGCACUCUUUGGCCAAAGCAACCCCCACCUCCAGCAAACAGCAUUGCCCGACCACACAGACCAAAUCCCAGGCUCAACCCGAAGGUCACGCUUACAUCAGAGCAGUCAACUCUUAUGCUGGCUUCACUGAGUUUGACAGAAACCCAGCCUUUCUUCACCCAGACUCGACUCUGACAAAGAAGGACAGGAGCAGAGUGUCUGCUGAAGACAUCCUCACACAUGAUGACCCCAGGGCUGCAGUACUGGAAAGAAUUCAGGUCAAAUCGGCCCAAGCCAGCAGCCUGCGGGCCCCUGGGGAAGACACACUAACAGCUGCAGUUUCUCUCUAUACGCCACGUCACACCCACCUCGGACCCAGAAAAGACUCUAUUGGCUCUCCAUUCAAGCCCAUUGAAAGCUACCAGUACUCAGCUGUGGAGCGGAACAACUUGAUGAGGCUGUCUCAAAGCAUCCCCUUCACCCCUGUGCCACCUAGAGGGGAGCCGGUGACCGUUUACCGUCUGGAGGAGAGCUCCCCGAACACGAUCAACAACAGCAUGUCUUCCUGGGCUCAGCGGGGCCUCUGUGCAAAAAUAGAGUUUCUCAGCAAGGAGGAGAUGGGCGGAGGACUCAGACGGGCCCUCAAGGUGCUCUGUACCUGGUCAGAGUACGACAUCCUGAAACCAGGACACCUGUAUAUAGUCAAAUCCUUCCUUCCUGAGGUGGUCCGAACAUGGCAGAGUAUCUACAAGGAGGACACCGUGCUCCAUCUUUGUCUCAGGGAAAUUCAACAACAACGAGCUGCUCAGAAACUGACAUUUGCUUUCAACCAAAUCAGGCCGAAGACAAUCCCCUAUUCACCGAGGUUCCUGGAGGUCUUUUUGCUGUAUUGCCACUCUGCUGGACAGUGGUUCGCUAUAGAGGAGUGCAUUACCGGCGAGUUCAGGAAGUUCAACAACAACAACGGUGAUGAGAUCGUCCCCACCAAUCUCCUGGAGGAAACCAUGCUGGCCUUCAGCCACUGGACCUACGAGUACACCCGGGGAGAGCUACUGGUGCUCGACUUGCAGGGUGUCGGGGAGAUUCUGACGGAUCCUUCAGUUAUAAAGAGCGGUGAGAAGGGAUCUUACGAUAUGAUAUUUGGACCCGCAAACCUGGGAGACGAUGCUAUUAGAAACUUCCGUACAAAACACCACUGCAACUCCUGCUGUCGGAAACUCAAACUUCCUGAUCUGAAGAGGAACGACUACACACCAGAUAAGGUGACAUUCCCACAAGAAGAACCUCCCAGCGCCGGGGGUGGCGUUAAAGAGUCCCGCCAAUCAAUGAGGCUGAUGCUGUGAUGCGUGCGAGGAGACACUAACCUGAUUCAUUAUAGUCAUAGCCAAGGAGCAAGAAGGUGCAAUGAACUGGAAUAGCUAUGUUUCAGUGGAAACCAGUGCAUGCAGACUGUGUCAUGUUUUUCUGUCCCGCCCACCAAAAUGCUGUGUGAACAUAAAUCAACCAUCUUACUCUUUGUUUUUGUUUGUUUUUUUUAGUAUAUACUUGGGAAGGGUGUGGAGAAGGUUUUAAAAUAUUUUGUACAAUUUUAUGAAUAUAUAUAUAUAUAUGUAAACUGGAUAUAUCAACAGGUACAGUGUCAUUGCAAAGGAUUUAUUUAUUAAGAAGUCUGAAAAGUUGCCUUGUUUUACCAAAAAAAGAAGAAAAAAAAAGAACAAAUCUAAGUGCAUUGUAUAUCUGUUACAGCAGCUUCAGAAGAGAUCGCUUGCUGAAACCGAGUCACUGCUACACGGCGGAUUGCCACCAGAUCAUUUUUACAGACUUGUAUCAAACGUUUUGUCUCUUAGUUAUUGAAAACAUAUACACGAAUAAAGAUCUUGUAAAGUAUGGGCAGAUUGCAAUGCAACUUUUACAGAACAAUGUAUGUAAUUUUAUUGUAUUGAAAGUGUGUCCAGCAAAAUAUCGAUGAUAGUUUUUAUUGUUACAAAGGUACUAUUGCUAUAUCUUUGUCAUCAACUAUUGUAUGAGCAAAUUACAGUCUAGUGUAUCUUAUAGAUACUGUUACCUGGCAUGAGCUGAACAGAUAAAAAUAUUUUAUUCAGGGGAAGUGACAAACAUAAGGGUAUUACUGUAUACAUUUUGUACUGGAUAUCAUUUAAAAAAAAUAAAAUGUUAAAGUUUUAGCAACAUC